AAAGAGAAGUAACGUCCAGAGAACCGAGUGGAACUGAGUGAACGGCAGACAGUGUGAAAACUAAUGGAUGAGCCAUGGUACAGACAGUAUUUCUGGCUCCUGGUUUUUGGAGGCAUUAUUCUUGUCAUAGCCAUCAUCUGCUUUGUCAUAGUCUGUUGCUGUAUAAAGCAAAUAUCAAGAAGUGUAACAUUGCGAAGGACUUUAAAACAAGAGAAAAAGCAGAAACGAGACCAAACUGUAGCAGUAAUUACAGCCAACAGACUUUAUCAGCCAACGGCUCCACCUACAAUUAUGUUACCAGAAACACCAGCACAUCAGUAUGAUACCAAUGCAAAAGUAGAUGUUACACGCCAAGUGAUGUACUCUACUGUGAAGAAAGAGCCAAUCCCUCGUCAGCAACAAGGAAUAAAAUCUGCAUAUAAUGGCCACAACUAUAAAGCAGAGUUACAGCUACCCAGCAUGAAUGACAGAUUUUCAUAUACAUCUUAUGAUUCCAUUGGACACAUCACAGACAUUGAUUACAUGAAUACAGACAAUACCAAUGCAAAAGUAGAUGUUACACGCCAAGUGAUGUACUCUACUGUGAAGAAAGAGCCAGUCCAUCGUCAGCAACAAGGAAUAAAUUCUGCAUAUAAUGGCCCCAACUAUAAAGCAGAGUUACAGCUACCCAGCAUGAAUGACAGAUUUUCAUAUACAUCUUAUGAUUCUAUUGGACACAUCACAGACAUUGAUUACGUGAAUACAGACAACCGUGCUAAAGACCUGGAAUAUAUUGACGUGCUUGCAGAAGAUGAUGAUAAUGAUUAUGAUGAUGUGUAUAUUAUCUGAACUUAUAAUGUAGUAGCUUAUAUUCCCAACCAAAGCAAACAAGCUACUUAACUAUAAAACAGACUGCUCUAAACAGCAACAUCUAAUACAUUUUAAUUAUUAAUUAUCUAUUUUAUAGUUAAUAUAUUUUAUUAGUUUAUAGAUGUAAUUUAUCUCUGCAUCAUGUUCAUGUUUUAUAUUUUUAAAUUAUACCUAACCUAAAUACAUUUGUGAAAAGCUAAGGAGGCAAUAACUAUUGAAC